GAGCACAUGCAAGUCCAAUCAUGGGGGUUCUUCUACUUGGAUUGCAUGUGAUCCAAUCACUGCAAGUCCACUCCCAUCCCCUUCUUUGCCUCCAUCUCUUCCCUAUCAAACACUCCAUAUAUCAAACACUCUCUUCCUCAACCUUCCUAAGCCAAUUGACACAAUGAGCACUUCCUCAACUGCUGCCACUAAAACUACUCGCUCUUGGUAACUCUUCUUGUGAUGCACUGUUUUUGUGCACCAAAUCUCACACUUUUCUAUUUUGCCACUUUAUUUGUUCACAGGUCCGUUAGUGAGGAUUCUUUGAGGAGGUAUGUAUCUUAUGCAAGUGAGAGCUGCAUUCAGGAGCUGCUAUCUGCCUCGGACUCGAGCCUGGCUGGAGGUGGUGAUGGAUGGAAAGUGUUGGCAUUGGAGAAUGGUGUUGAGAUAUCCAGGAGGUGCUCGGGCUCGCUGCAUGUCUUCCGCAGCAGGUGGCUGCUCCAUUCGGUCUCGCCGCAGCAGUUCAUAACUGUCGCCAAUGCCAUUGAUGCUGCUAAGCAAUGGGAUCCUGAUCUAGUGGAAGCUAAAUACAUAAAGGACCUUAACGAUAACCUCAGCAUUAUUUGCCUCAGAUUUGGUGAUGACUCAAAACCACUCUUCAAGAACAGAGAAUUUAUAGUCUACGAACGACGUGAGACGAUGGAUGAUGGGACUCUUGUGGUUGCUGUGGCAUCUCUGCCAAAGGAGAUCGCUGCAGGGUUGCAGCCUAAGAAGAACAAUGCAAUUCGAGGGCUGUUGCUGCAGUCCGGAUGGGUGGUCGAGAAGCUUGAAAAUGACUCCUGCAUGGUGACUUACGUCAUUCAGUUAGAUCCUGCUGGAUGGUUGCCCAAAUGUUUUGUGAAUAGACUCAACACGAAGCUGGUCAUGAUCAUUGAAAAUCUUAAAAUGUUAGCACAAACUUGUCCUAUGAGUGGUGCAAUGUGAGUGCAUUAUUAGAGAAGAAAACGAACAGUAUAAAAGUAAUAUAUAUGAGUAAUCAAAUAUACAUAUAAGAUGGUAAUAAAAAAACAACCUAUUUCCCCAACUUAGA